GCGAGCUGUUACUUGCGAGCGCAUAUGUGGAUGGUAUUCGCCAUUGAGCGUCAGAAAUAUGCUGACACUAUGUUUAACACUCGCCUUACAAUGGGCGGUGUCCAAAACCCAUGUCGUCGCUUUUGACCACUGAGGCGUUUGAAGCGUUCGCUGGAUCAUGCCAUCACUUUGAUUCUGCAGUGGCGCUGUGUAGAGCUGUGCAUCUCUUGGCCUAGAGAGAUCUCCAGACCGCGAGGACGACCCGUUGGUCCUCGGCCAAAGCUGGAGUGCGUUGGGUGAGCUCGGAGAGGGCACACGUAUCAUGGAGGGCCUCAGCAUGAGUCCCAACGAGCUAAUGGCCCUUCUGUCGCAAAACAAGAGCGGCAACGACACCGAGGAGCUGCACCGGCAGCUGGAGAGCCGCCUGCUCUCCUUUCUCGACCGGAGGGCCAUUGACAGCGACACGCUAGCCGCUCUGCUGGCAGCGUAUACGCUGCUCAUCCUCACUGGCGCCACGGGCAACGGGCUGGUCUGCUUGGCGGUGGCGCGGCGCCCUAAGAUGCGCACGGCGCGGAACUUGCUGAUUGUGAACCUGGCGGCCGCCGACCUACUGCUCUGCCUGUUCACCAUGCCCUUCUCGCUGGUGGAGAUCGCACUCAAGUUCUGGCCCCUGGGUGGGACCACGUGCAAGCUGGUGGCCGGUCUGCAGGCCACUAGCGUCUUCGUUUCGACGCUCAGCAUCACGGCCAUCGCCAUCGACCGCUACCUUGUUAUUGUCUAUCCGACCAAGCAGCACUGGUGCUUCUCGGCGCUGGUCGGCAUGCCACUUAUCUGGCUGCUGGCGCUGCUGCUGUCUGUGCCCAUGUUCGUGUACCGUGUGCUCGACCACAUCGAGCUACCGGACCCUGCGCGGGGCACAGUGGUGCACCUCGAGUACUGCGUCGAGCACUGGCCCAUCGAGGAGGGCCGCUUCUACUACUCCAUCUUCUCAAUCGUGUUCCAGUACUUCAUGCCCAUCACCACCGUGACCGUGGCCUACGCGAGUAUCUGCCGCCGCCUCCGGGUGAGGCUCGUUGCCAAGGCGGGCCCGUUGAACCAGAGCGCACCGCGCCAGCAGCACGACAAGCAGCGUAUGCACCGCACCAACGUGCUCCUGGUGGCCAUCGCCGCCAUCUUCGCCGCCAGCUGGCUGCCCCUGCACAUCCUCAACCUGGUCGCAGACUCGACGCCCAGCCUCACGGAAGACUCUCGCCUGUACCGUGUCUACUUCGCCUGUUGCCACAUGGCCGGCAUGAGCUCGGCCUGUUCGAACCCGCUGCUCUACGGAUGGCUCAACGACAACUUCCGGCGCGAGUUCCGGCGUAUCCUGUCCACAUGCUGCCCGCGGCUGCGCACCCGGCGUGCGUCCACAACUGGGCCGCCAUCCGAAAGCCGGCCGCUUACGGGACAGGCGCUUGUGCUGUUUCGCCGCCAACCGCGGCCACACACCCAGGACACCUGCGUGGAAGCCGCUCCACCGCGACCAGCCGGAGACCAGUACGAGACGCUCGUCGUUCUCAGCCAGCCGUAAACGCUGGACCCAUUGCGCGCCCGCGGGUGCUGUAGCAAAUCCGGAGUGUGCGGACCCCGUCGUUGGUUACUUUCUCGUACAAAAAUUUACGAAAACCAAGUCUUGAUACUGCCUUGAAGGUUUUGGUAUGGCUCACUGUAAAUGUAUGGUGCGUUUGGACUUUUCAAAGCACACUCGAUGCUAUGAAGUGAGCUGUGCCGCUGCAUUAUCGUUUCAACUACGCCCAUCGUUUAAGUAGCAACGCCGCACUUUAGGCUAUGCCGUCGUGUUUCCGUCGUGUAUCCUGCAAGUGCAGCCGCCGAUUCAAUGGUUAUGGCCGCACUUGCAAAUCGUCGUGGUGCGUGAUUGUGCAUGAUGCUGAAUGUGCUACAGCCAGGAAACAUUUCGGAAGUCAAAGGUGCUCUUUCGGGAAAACCAUACUUUGGGGCCGCCCCGUGGUAGCCAUGACCGCUAAUUAGCGUCUUGUGGGUGCCAGCUGGAAGGUCACACAUAACAGCAACACCUGAUUUUAACGUGGCGCUUUGGAGGAUCGCCUUUCCUUGUUUUUACGAAACUCCGUCUUUCAGGUCGACAUGAGGUGGGGUUCGUCAUUUUUAAUAAUAUGCUCAGACUGUUUUCUGGUACUUCACUUUUCGAAAGUUGACAUCAUUGCGCCAGGUGAAUGGUGUCAUAAUGUGUUCAAUGCCCUUUGUAAGUGCGACUUUUUUUCCUUCUCUCUCUGUUUAAGUUAACUUUACGCGCCGGGCAUGGUAACGCCUCCUCUACCGGUGCAAUUUCAAGGUUUUAAGAAAAACAAACUAUUCUACAACGCCAACAUUAUUUCCUAUCUAUGAGUCAUUAAUUACAAGACAGUAAUAACAGUAAAAAAACUGCCUGGCUGGUAUCAAAGUGUGUUGGGAAAUAAAGAGCCUGGGUAUGAUUGGUGUAGAGACUUGCACCUGGAGUCUGAAGGCAGUUGAUAACAUGGUAACAUCCUAUAAAGUACUUCGAUUUUAUACCGGAGCGAGAAAACUGUGAUGCUGAUAAAAAAAUGUGCUUAACGUAAUAUGUGAUCAAUAUAGGAAAUGGUACUAUCGACCAAAAAAGUUUACGGACCAAGGGAUCUGAUAAAAAGCUGAAUAUCUCCGCAGCCUCAAAACGCAGCCUGGUAUUGCCAUUUCCAGCCUCCACUGGUAAAUGCCAACAACAUUGUCGUGUACGGUUUUACUGGCUACUUUGAAAGGCUGCUCGGAUAUUUAACGUUUUGUGAGAUCCCGUGGUCCGUAAACUUUUUUGGUCGAUAGUACACAUUGCAAUACAUUGAUCUUAUUCAUUAGGGCAUGCUUACUCUUUUUUAUUUUUAUUUUUUGACAAUAACAGCACAGGGCUUCCAACACAUUCGCCGUGGUUGCGUUCUGAAAGAAGAUCAACCAGACCGGCGUAUCUUUCCGACAUUCCGACACACAGCCCCAGAUAGAGUGUUCAGUUCAAUUUGUAUCUGUUUUCUGCAUUUAAAUGUGUUUACGACGAGCCGUUUGUAAGCGCUUCUUUGUUUAAAUAACAAGAAAUUAAUUACACCAUGUGUAAAAGAAACCCUCUGUUGCACCCUUCCUGAAUUUCUGACUGAAUUUGUGCACCUUUGACAAAAAUACAACAUAUUAUUCUGCUCUGUCACUAAUGCUGAAGUUGUGUUUUAUUGCGAUAGCAAUUAUAUGGACACUCCAAACGCAUU